GCAGGGGAGGCAGGCAGGCAGCACAGAGACAGCAAUAGGCAAAGCAGGCACUCUGGACACCAUUAUGGAUUGAAAGAGGAAGAGGGAAGCCUGCCAUGACAAAGCCAGCUGGAGGUGGGAGAGACUGAAUACGACGCACUCGUACACACACACACACACACACACAUACACACACACACACACACUGCCUUUGUCUCAGAUUUUUCUCAAUUGAAGGAGCAGAUGGUUAGAGGGAGAGUAGGAUCCCCCCUGCAUACACACAUGUACUGACUGACAUACACACACACACACACAAACAAACACACACACACCAGCAAAAUACCAAACCCAGCUAGAGGACUAUUUGACUGCAUGGAGCUGCGCUCACUUUGUUUUGGUUUUGAGGGGAGCACGUCUUUGGCUUCCACUGAGGAGGAAUACCCCCUAGAAGAUCAGAGGAUUGGAGGAGGGGACUACAGAGGAGAGGAAAGAGGGAUGAGGCUUGAGAAAAUCCUCUGUUAAAAAGCAGCUUUGGGAGGAGGACAAAGCAUAGACUAAUGCCAGCAAAUUACCUUCAUUGGACAAGGACUGUCAUUUUGGAUUGUGGAUGUCACUGACGCUGAUGUGGGGAAGACACUGCAGAUGCAAAGUGAAGUCAAAGGAGGCCUUUCACACUGAGAAGCGAUCCAGGAGCACAUGAGGUCUUCAAUCCCGGUCCAAACCCCAGUCCCAAAUCUCCAAAUCUUAACUCGCAGGGUUAAUCCAGAUUUGGGAAUGCUGGGCAGCGCAGACUGCUGAGCCAACAAAACUUGCAAACCUCCCAAGGAUUUGUGGAAUCUGAGCAAAUCUGAAAAUCUUAAUGGUGUUUGUUCAAGGAACUUGUGAGCUACACACACCCAACAAAAGAGCGUUCCAGCUGUGGUGACUGACUCAAAGCUUGGAGCUCCAGCAGAUCCAGUCUCCGGAGCCGCGGCCCACGAGCUUGGCUCUGCUCCAGGCUCAGCCUUCUCUUGACAGGCUCUGAAUUUACUGCUGCUGCUCUGGGAGUCAAAUUUCAUGCAACCAUUCCAAUGGUGUAACGGAUGCCUGUGUGGUUUGGGUUUCCAGCGCUCUGAACAGUACUGCAGCAUGACGUCUGACAUCUAUCACCUCCCGCUCAAUGUGUACGUGAUCGUGCUGGGCAUUGGCCUCUUCGUCUUCAUGCUCAGCCUCAUCUUCUGUUGCUACCUGUUCAGGUUGAAACAGCAAGGAGCGAGGGAGCAGUUCAGCUACAACGAGGUGGUGCUGAAGGGAGCAAGCAAGAAGUUGAGCCUUCUGGGACAAACUUGUGCCGUGUGCCUGGAAGAGUUCAGGACCAGAGAUGAACUAGGAGUUUGUCCAUGCUCACAUGCAUUUCACAAGAAGUGCCUGCUCAAGUGGCUGGAGAUCCGCAGUGUGUGUCCCAUGUGUAACAAGCCCAUCCUCCGGCUCCAGACAGACAAUCCCCAGGGGGCCGAGGGUCCCAUGGACCCCGAAGAGGUGUGAGGGAACUGGGGAAGAGAGGAAACAGUGCUCCCCCUAUAGAAAGUACACACAUUAAAUACAAUAGGGAUGAUGGACAGCGGUCAUCUUAAAGACAUUUCACAAAAAAAGGGUUGAUUGUGACCUAAAGUUGCCACCUUGCUGCUGACCGCUGAGCAAUAUGCCCGGGUGGGGAAACACAUAUUGACAGCACCAAAAUGAUUUGGUUAGAUCAGUCAGGGAAAGGGUGGAUAGAUAGGACCUUUUCAUAACAAAAAAAAAAUGUUCCUACAGUACUUCCAUAUUGCACUAUUCACAGAAAAAAAUACAUGAUAGGAAAAGCAGCCACUUUAGAGUAUUGGAGUAUCAUUGCCACUGUCAUUGGACGACUGGCACAGCACUGCCAGAGACAGCCAAUCACAAAUAACACAACCGAGGAAGGACAUCAGACAACAGGAUCAGUGUGGGUACCUCUAUUAUCUCAGGGGUGUUACCAAUACAGCCAGCACAACCCAUGUCAGUCACCCUAUAACCUUGUGCCACACACACAUCUUCAAUACUGCCAAUAUAGGAGAGCCGCUAGAGCAGUUAGAGGUAGCCAGAGACUUUGGCCGAAACAAAGACCAGCAGGAUUGAAAACGCAAUUCUGAUCGAAGUAGACCAUAUUGUUACCGACUGUGUCCCAGGCCCUUCCCUUUUUAAAAAGAGACUGAUAGAAAGCUAGUCUUGCCUGUAUGUAUUGUAUGUAAACGUGUCCCUAUAUAUUGUUAUUUUGUAUUUGUUGCUUUUAAAUAAAAUGUCAUGUAAUGUA